ACACAUAGUCUCCCCACGGCACCUCAUCACAUCCGCAAAUACCAGGAGACUGACCGCAAGAGGGUCCUGGACUUGUUCUCCCAAGGAAUGGUCGAGCAUGUCCCUGCCGCCUUCUGCCAUGGACUGAAGUUACCACAAACACUCCUGGUAUUACUUGGGGUGCCCAUUACCCUACUCCUGGUCUCUGGCUCUUGGCUCCUGGCUCUUGUAUCCAAUGUCACCCUCCUUGUUAUCCUAUGGUUGCUGGCCAGAGAGCUUUGGAGGCAGUAUGUGGUCAUGUGUUUGCAGACAGAUCUUGUUGACAUCACCAUCCUGAGUGCCCAUGGUUCCUGCUUCUGGGUGGCUGAAUCUGGGGGCCAGGUGGCAGGCAUAGUGGGUGCUCUGCCAGUGGAGGAYGCCCCCCCAGGGAGGAAGCAACUGCAGCUGUUUCACCUCUCUGUGUCCUUGGAGCACCGAGGUGAAGGACUAGGGAAAGCCCUGGUCAUGACU